AUGUCUAACCACAUCAAAUUCGCGGAGCCGAUUUCGAGGAAAUCUACUCCAGGGCGAUCUAGAGGGCAGCAGGAAAAGGGGUCAGCUCAAAGAGCACCUUCUCCAGGGAGUGAAAUUGUUUACCCGACAGGAUGGAGACUAGUGCUCACCACGAUAGGGCUCUUGAUUGGGUUCUUUCUCUCUAACUUGGAUGUCACGAUCGUAAGUUCGGCUCUUACGAGUAUCACAGAUGAUCUGGAGGGAUUUGAGAAGAGGAGCUGGAUCAUCACUGGUUACUUGGCCACUUAUACAGGUAUGACUCGAGUGCGAUUUAUGAUCAAUUCAAAGCAUUUGUAUCUCGGAAUAGCUUCACAAUGGGGGAUCUAUGGCAAUAUGGACAAAAAUCAGCGAUAUAGUUGGCAGAAAACAAAGCACAAUCGCUGCCCUUGUCAUUCUACUCGGUUUCUCCAUUGGAUGUGGUUGCGCUCAAACAGUCAAUCAACUGUAUGUCUGACGUGUCUGGCGUAUUCCUCACACAUUGUUUGUUCGAAGACUAAAUGUCAACACAGAAUCAUAUUCCGAGCACUCCAAGGAAUAGGCGGCGCUGGUACAUAUGCAUUAACAAUUCUAUGCGUCUACGAGAUUGCUCCUAAAGCAAAGCUUCCUACCUACAGCAGUCUCAUGUCAUUCUGCUUAGUCUUUGCAUCUUUGAUAGGACCGAUCGUGGGAGGUGCGCUUGCAGAAAACUCAGCCUGGCGAUGGACGUUCCUCAUCAGCGCUCCGUUAUGUGUCAUUGCGAUUAUUGUCAUCGUAGUUGCAAUGCCCACGCAUUUCGGGCUUGAUCAGCACAUGCCAUCAUUCCGCACACGAGCAUCAUAUCGCUCAUUUGCCAAUUUGGACUUAAUUGGCUCGGUGUUGAUGAUGGCUGGCUCAUUCUUGAUAGUUGCCGUCUUGAACGAAACCAAUCUGGCAUUCUCAUGGUCAUCGAGGGACGCAAUUGCACUUCUAGUGCUUGCCGGAGUUGCUUGGAUUGCCUUCUUUGCUUGGGAAUGGUAUCUUUCGGGCAUCCCAGGGAAAGACCCGAUAUUUCCCAAGCGCUGGCUUUUUGAUCGCCCGUGGCUGGGUAUACUCAUUUCCUCCUUUGUUAUCGGCGCACCAUACAAUGUCGUCUUGGUGUAUGUCCCACAGCAAGCCCUUAUCCUGCUAGGCAAGUCGCCUUUGGAGGCUGGUAUCUACUUGAUCGGAUACUCGGCUGUUGCAGCAGUAGCUGCGGCUGUCGUCAAUAUUGCCAGUUCGAGAGGCCGCAUCCCGUUCAUUUAUACUUUGCUUGUGGGCUGCGUGGUUCAUACUGUCGGCGUCGGACUUCUAUCGACCAUCGCCACCUCACAUGGCUUUCACGCAACAGACAUUGUUUAUCUGAUUAUUGCCGGUACUGGAUUAGGCCUGACAAUGGGCAUUUUGGUGCUAUCAACGCCAUACAUCGUCGAAGACAGAGAUUUGGCAAUUGCAACUGGUACUGUGGUUCAGCUUCGCUUCCUUGGUGGCGCUAUUGGCCUCGCAAUUGCAUCUAACAUUUUGAAUGGCCGCCUGGCACAUCAUCUGAAGGGUGUUCUGACGUCGCACGAGCUGCACCUGUUUCUCGAAAAUAUCAAAUCUUUGAGAAAUCUAUCUCCCGAAUUACGGGAGGAUGUCAAGAGUGUCUUCGCUGCUAGUUACAGCACACAGAUGCUUGUCAUGAUCGGUUUCGCGGCUGCUCAGCUGCCAGCAACCCUGCUACUCUUGAAGCCAGGCCGGCAGCUUGUGGCUAAACCAUCAGGCUCGGAGUCGGGUUAA